UGGCGGAUUUCUUGGUGUUUCUGGGCAGGAUGUUGGGACUGGUGAAGAAGAUUUCCAUGCUUCAGUGCGUGAUGGUAUUUGUGGCUGUGUUGGCAAUUUGGAGGCCUGUUUGGCUGAAGGAUUUCUGCAAGGAACACAUUGUGUCACACUUGUUUGCCAAAUCUCUGGUCAAGAGCGCUCCAGGUGAGACGCUCUUCACUGUCGAGGAGCUGAGCAAGUACACAGGGGCGAAUGGCAGCAAGGGGCUCUACAUUGCCAUCAUGGGGACGGUGUACGAUGUGGAGAAAGGCAGGAAGCAUUACGGCCCAGGAGGAACAUAUCACUUUUUCGCAGGACGCGAUGCCACGACUUCAUUCAUCACCGGGGAGUUUGAGCAGGUGUCUGAAGAUUUGGAUGACGUGCUACAAUUGGCCCCUCGGGACCUUCUUUCUGUGAUCCAGUGGAAGGAGUUCUACGACAAGGAGUACAAACGGAUGGGAAAACUCGUCGGGAGAUUUUACGAUAGUGGAGGCGGUCGGACUAAAUAUUUCGGCUAUGUAGAGGCGAAAAUCCAGGAAGCCAGAGAAGAGCAAAAGUCGAGUGAACGCAUCAAGGAGGAGUUUCCGCCGUGCAACACCGAGUGGAGUGCUGAUGCGGGCACGACGUUCUGGUGCACGAGCAGGAGUGGUGGCAAGGAGAGGAACUGGGUCGGUGUGCCCCGUAAGUACUUCGAAGUGGGGCGUUCAGACUACAGAUGUGCCUGUGUCCAUCCGGACCGCCUGGAUUCGCCCCAACUUAAGGAGUUUCCUGACUGUGAUCCAACAGCCGAGAAAUGUGUCUACAAAUUUGAUGAGGCCACGGGAUCAAAUUAG